UCUGCUUGACGACGUCCUGUUGCUAGGACCGGCUGAAGGAGACUGAUCGCUUUUCGAUCGUCCGUGCUGGAUCAGCACGAUUGUAGCGCUGUGUCUUGCUCGCUCGCUACGGACUACCUCGAACCAUUGAUUAUGUCGCCAUACAGGCUACGUGUGAAUGUGUAUGUAUGUACAUUUUGUUUGCCGGGAUCUAAAUAUCGGAUGUGCUGAUUCUGGGAAAUUGUAUGUGUGGAUAUGUUUGUGUGGACUGCGUGGAAAUGAUACAGCACGCCACAAAAGCUUCUUAAGUUGAACAAAUACGACCGUAGUACCAUAAAUAAACAUCAACUCUUUUGAAAGGAAACACCUGCUACUCAUUGGCGUAUCUUCGGUGCGCCGAUGAGUAAUAGCUAAAAACAAAAAAAAAACACAGUUCCUGUUUCCGGUGUGCAUCGGAUACAUUCGAAUCCAUUUUAAGACUCAUGCUUAAUCGAAUAAAGAUUCAGGAUGACUCAAAGCCAAAAUAUCCUUCCGCUUCACACCUCUAAUAAUGCUGGUGCUGCUGUCGGUGGCGGACACUUGUUUGAAAACAGUGUACAAUCAGUGCAAAUGUGUACGAACUUGGUUUUAUCGCUCGUCCACCUCUUCUAUCUAUCGAAAAAUGCUAAACUGAUUAGAUAUGGCCACCCGCUUAUCUGUCGCAUGGGUUCGAGAACAUGGGUACGCUGUCUGACCCGUCCGAAACAGCUUCAGUAUUGCUGCUGCAGGUGUACUAGUGAGGAUCAUCUGGAGGUGGUGGUGGUCGUACCUGUGAAAGCUGGAACAGGAAGUGAACCUUUCUGCACGGACCCAUUUGUAAAGCAAAGCAUUUUUGACUCUGUAAACAUGUCGCUAACGGAUAAGGAGUAUUAUAAUCUGACCAUCAGUAUUUCCAAGGCGCUAAGCAAUGUGGAAAUGCCCAUCAAGGUGAAGCACGUCCGCGCCGCUAUCAUCGGAACAUUCCACAGCAAUGGUGGGCACGCGUUCUGGGCCAUCGCCAUCCGGCAGCCGAUCCAGGACAAUCGCAUUGUGGCGUGGAAGUUUUGCCAUCUGCUGCACAAGAUACUGCGCGAGGGACAUCCGCUCUGCUGCCAGCACUCCAUGCGGCAUCGGGCCAUGCUGCUGGAGGCGGGCAAGCUGUGGGGCCACCUGAACGAUGGCUACGGUAUCUGCAUUAAGCACUACACCAAGCUGCUGGUGACCAAACUCGAGUUUCACGAUCGCAACCCGCGCGUCCCUGGGAGCCUUUCGCUGCGCCCGGGCGAUCUGGAGAAGAUUGGCGAGGGAGACAUUAACAUUUACUUCCAGCUUGCUGUAGAGAUAUUCGAUUAUCUGGACGAUAUUGUAGCCUUGCAGGCAACAAUAUUUAACUCCAUCACAACGUUCUGCGUCAGCUCGAUGACAUCCGCGGGCCAAUGCCGACUAGCGCCGCUGAUUCCCUGCAUCCAGGACUCGAAUCCGCUGUACGAUAUGUUGGUGCGCGUUAUGUUUAAACUGCACGCCAACCUACCGUCCGAUCUGCUAACCGGCCACCGGCAGCGCUUCAACACACUGUUCCACCAGCUGAAAUCGUUCUACGGCCAGUCCCGCAAUCUGCAGUAUUUCGUGAAUCUUAUCACCGUGCCGAAGCUACCGGAGGCACCACCCAACUUUGAGGUGCAAAGCGAUCUCGGCAACUACCAAACGCCCGUCGUACUGAUGCCCGACAGUGAUCCCAUCGAUAACGAGCCGGAACCGCCCGCGAUCGACAAUCUAAUAGAUACGGCCGAGGCUACCCCACCGAUACCGGAGCUGCCGCAUGCAAACAACCAUCACCAGCAGUCGUCGACGGCACCGGUGACCGUGCCGCAGGUAAUGGAGCUGGAACGGUUGAUCCAGGAGCGGGACGAUCUCAUACGCCACCUGCAGAUGGAAACGCAGCGAUUGUCCAACCAUCUGAAAGCGGUUUCGAUCGAGCAGCGGGAUGUGCAGUGCCGCAUGGAGGAUCAGAUCGCGGCGCUCAAUGCGCAGCUCGCACAAAGCCAGGCCGAGCUGACCAAUCUACGGUUUCAGAAGGAAGAGCUAGAGCUGCGUGCCCAAACGGCACCAACGCUGGAACAGCGUGCGCAAGCGGAAGAAGAACGUGCGAAGGCCAGUGAGGAAAAGUUCCAGAAGCUGAAAACGAUGUACACGCAGAUACGAGACGAACAUGUCAACCUUCUACGUCAGAUGAAAAUAGAUCAAUACAAAAUUGUGUGCUAUAAAAAGCACGGUGAAAUCAGCCGGCAGCUAGCUUCGUCCACGAAAGUCGCUGCGGAAGCAAGCAAAGCAAAGGAAGAGCUGCAAUGCCAGCUGCAGGAGCUGGAGCAAAAGCAAGCCCUGGUGGAAAAUGCCCUACAGCAAAGCUCGACCGAUGCUCGGCAGGAGCAGGAAGCGAUCAGCGAGCAGCUGCAGGCAAUGACGCGCAAGUGUGAAUCGCUGCAAAGCCGUUACGAUGAGAUGGAAGCAACGCGCCAAGCGGAGAUUGCCGAACUUCGCAUCAGCCUGGAACGAUUGGAGGGCGAGCUGCAAACGUUCCAGCAGGAUCGCGACUCGCUCUCGAACGAGCGAGGCACGCUGGAGGAACGGCUGUUGGCAGUGCGGAGCGAAAAGGAGGAGCUCGGUGUGAAGUACCGGGAAUGCAUGGGCAGGAUUGCCGAGCUUGAGCUUAAGACUGAUGCGUACGCGAAGGAAGAAAUUGCACUGCAGCAAAGCGUGAACGAAAAUUCGCUUAAAGCACAGGAACUCUCCGAACAAAUCGACCAACUGCGGACGGAAAACGAUGCGCUCAAACAAAAAUACGCCGAACUGGAAGCAGCCAAGGCGUCCCAGGAGGCAGAGUUUGAGCGGACACACCAGGAGGAAUUGCUUCGCUUCGAUUCGUUGCAGACGGAAAUGGACGGAAAGCUCAGUACGCUGUGUGCGGAAAAGGAUUCCAUCGCGGGUGAAAAGCAACAAACUUGGGAGCAGCUGCUAACGCUCCAAUCGGAGUCCUCCGCAAAGCAGGCAGACUUUGAGUCGCUCGAAAAGGACCUAAAGUCCGUGCUGGAGCAAAAGGACCAUGAGCUGGAAGAGCUCAGUGCCAAAUAUCGAGAGCUGGAGGAGAAAUAUCAGAGUCUAGAUGCAAAUAUGGAACGAUUGCUUUCCGAGAAGGAAUCGGUCGAGUCCGAUCUGCAAGAUUUACUUCACCAACAGGAGCAAGCCGAACAGAAGCUGCAGGAAGCGCUAAAGCAGGUGGCCACCUUGGAGACGGCACUGAUCAAUGGCAAAAUCAGUGGCGAAACGGCACUCCGCACGCUGCUGGAGGCUUGCAUUAAGUCGUCGGAAAAGCUGACCCUGCGUGCGAUUGGCGAAAACGAAAUGCCGGGGGCUGGUGGGACCCCUACCUAUUUCCUGAUGAUCGCCGAAGAGCUGCAGGAAGUGCUGACCAAGCUGCGGAUGGUGCACGAGAACUAUCUGAAGGACAACUCAACGAACGUUGAAUCGCUGGCCAGAAAGGUUAUCAUCGGUGCGCAUCUGCUAGCCUCCGCUCACGUGCAAGGCAUGACCGUGUGCAACCGAUCGGCCAACAUUGAAAGCGGUGAACGCAUUGCGGAAGAGUUGAAAAAGCUCGGUCAAUCGAUCACGACCCUCUUCCAAUCGCUGCAGAAAACUAGCGAAGCCGGUACGGUCAGUGAGCGCAUCACCGAUCUGAAGGUGCAGCUCGAGGAGGUGACUGCCAUGAUCGUGGACCUGGGCAAGCAAACCGAUGGCACGGAAAAUUUGGGUGACAUGGUUGAGUCGGAGCUGAGCAGCAUGGAUAAGGCGAUCGAGGAAGCAGCGUCACGCAUUCAGGAAAUGCUGUCGGUGUCCCGUGCCUCCGAUUCCGGCAUCAAGCUGGAGGUGAAUGAAAAGAUUCUGGAUGCCUGCACGAGUCUCAUGCACGCAAUCCGAGUGCUGGUACAGAAGUCACGCCUGCUGCAGUCGGAAAUCGUUGCACUGGGCAAGGGAACUGCCUCGGCCAAGGAAUUCUACAAACGCAACCACCAAUGGACGGAGGGACUGAUUUCGGCGGCCAAAAGCGUUGCGCAGGGUGCCAACUUUUUAGUUACGGCGGCAAACAAAACGGUUGCCGGUGGGGCAAAACAUCAGCUGGAUUUGGUGGUUGCGGCGCAGGAGAUUGCUGCCUGCACGGCACAGCUAGUGGUGGCCAGCCGUGUGAAGGCUCCCCGAUCCAGUACCAACCUCACGGCACUGGGUACGGCAUCGAAGGGCGUUACCCAAGCCACCGGGAUUGUCGUUGCCACGGCGAAGGACUGUAGCCAGCGGCUUGAAGAUUCGCAGGAUCUCGAUCUCGGCACGCUGACGGUACACCAGGCCAAAACGAAGGAGAUGGAGAUACAGGUGAAGGUGCUGGAGCUGGAACAGGCCCUGCAGGUGGAGCGGAUGCGGUUGGCUUCGUUCCGGAAAAAGAAUUACCAUCAACCAGUGGAAGAGUAGCAGUGGUAGCAGCUCGUUGCAGCAUGCACUACUCCGACAUCACUCAUCAUUACGGACGUUCCUCCAAUAGAUGAUAUAUACAUACGCUUUUAACACUAGAACACAACACAACGGGUAAGCAUUUCCAGCUGAGAUGCUCGUAUUCCUUUACGCUGUUAACAAUCGUCAUCCAAAUUGAUCCACGUUUGAUUCGCUCUCUGAUGGAUGGGCCGAGAUGUUGGGCAUUCCUACCGAUUGUGUCUUAUUUGGCAAUCAAUUAGAUAAUUUCUACUGUACUGUGUAUUUUCUAUGAAGCGAAGCGGGCGGGAAGCGCGUUGUAACACCUAUAUUAAAUUUCAUUCAGAGCCCACGCAUAUCAAACGAAGCAAUGCGCAAUCAAAUAUCGGCAACAUCGACAUAAUGUAAGGGAGUAGCCGUAGUAUCGUCGCUUCAUCAAUCGUUAUAGACUAAAGUAUAUUUAAUUUGCUUCUGUUUUGUUAAACUCCCAAGCGUAUUAUUAAAUAAGCAAAUCCAAAUAAAUCCCCGUUGCACAUUGUACGACGCGAGUUGGUUUUAUGCUGCUACCACCACCACAACCACAAUAAACGAGCAUGAGUAAGCAAAAUUAAA